AUGGUUACUCAACCAUUGACCUUACCAACAUGUCUCGACGAGGCGCAAAUCAAGUCCCUUCCCUCGAAAGCAUUUUAUAUUUCCGAUUUCCUCACGGAGGAUGAGGAACAGUUAUUGUUGCACAAAAUUGCGACCGCACCAAAACCACGAUGGAAGCAGUUGACGCAUCGUCGCCUUCAGACAUGGCCCUCCGAUUUAACGAAGAACACUUUAUUGGAUGCGCCUUUGCCCAUGUGGCUUACAGAUCCUAUUGUCUCUCGGCUCCUCUCCUUGCCUACCUCGCACAAAGAUGAAGGACGCCAUACCUUUAGUGAUAGUCCCCAUGGACGUCCGAACCAUGUCCUAAUAAAUGAAUACCUACCCAAUCAAGGAAUCAUGCCGCAUAAAGAUGGAUCGGCCUAUCAUCCUGCCGUCUGUACCGUAAGCUUGGGCGCAAGUCUAUGUUUGGAUAUAUAUGGGGACAAAGAGGAUGGCACAAGAGAGGAACAACCAAGGUGGAGGAUUCUUCAGGAGCCGAGAAGUUUGUUGAUCACAACAGAUGAGCUAUACACAAAUUAUUAUCAUGGGAUAUCUGAGAUUGAAGCGGAUAUCAAUCUCAAUUCUACAACAGUCGCAAACUGGGAUCUUCUACGGUCUGAAGAUGGAAUCAUUGACGGAAGAUACGAAAGACGUGAGCGACUAAGCCUUACGUAUCGCGACGUACUGAAGGUAUCGAAGUUGGGUACUAAACUAGGUAUAUUUGGUAAACGCUGA